AUGCCUGACUUGACAAAAAUCGUAGACAAGGCCAAGCAAUACAUCGGCCUGGUCAAGCUGUUCAAGAUCUUGGUUUUUGGGAUUCUGGUCUUCUGUACGACAAUCUUCGGAGACGUAAUCGAGAUCUGCCGUGUUCUCAACCGUUGGGUACUCGUUCAGAGCACAAAAGAGCUACACAAGAGUAUGGUUGAAGGGGUCAGUUAUGAGCAGUUGAGGGAAGAGAGGGUGAGACGUACUUUCAACGUCAAGAUGUGUUCACAGAAUCGAGAAUCGCGGGUCGUUAUCGAGGGAUCGAUCCAGGAAAAUACCAACGUCACCAUCGGGGAGUUGACCCGCGAACAUUCGGGCGUCCCAUUCGCGUUACAUUUGCGGCGUUCCCGACUGACUCAGCCACGUUCACCAGUCCUUCCCGCAACAGAGCUCAUCGUUCCAUAUGACGUUUAG